AUGUCCGCCUUCGAGACCGCCGUCGCCGACUCCAAGAAGUUGACAUCCAAGCCCUCCAACGACGAUCUCCUACAACUCUACGGCUUGUACAAAGUCGCCAGCGGGGAGGACAUCACCAAGUCGGAACAGCCGGGAACAUUUGAUCUCAAGGGCAAGGCCAAGAAGCGUGCGUGGCAGAAGAUUGUCGAUGAGGGCAUCACUAGCGACCAGGCGAAGGAGAAGUACGUUGAGCUCGUCGAGUCGCUAAAGGAGAAGUACGGUUACGAUGCUAACAAGGCGCCUGAGGCUGUGGGCGCUUAG